AUGAGUCGAAAUCAAAUAGGAUCUGAACCAGUUACGUCGAAUUCUCAACAAACACCAACUGAUCGAUCAACAUCGUCAAGCAAAUGUUUUACAAAAAAGAAAUUAUUAUGGAUCAUUAUUGGUAUUAUCAUUGUUAUUAUGAUCGUAACUUUUGCAAUCAUGAUUAUUAUAAGAAGAACAACAACAAAUAAAAAAAAAAUAUCAACUGUUAGAAAGAAAGCAACAAAUAUAAUACAAUCAUCAACUGUAAGAAAAAAAACAACAACAGUGACCAAUCCGACGACAACAGAAUCACCUACCACAUCAACUUUACCAGCAACAUCAACAAAGCCAGUACCAAAAUAUAACAAAUGGAAACAAAAUGCCAUCACUGUGGCUGGUAGAAAUGAAGAAGGAGAAAGAGUAAAUCAACUCAAUCGCCCUCUUCAAAUCUUUAUUGAUAAGAACAAAAAUAUUUUCAUUGCUGAUUCUUCUAAUCAUCGUAUUGUUGAAUGGAAACAAGAUGCAAACGAAAGACAAAUCAUUGCAGGUGGAAAUGGACUAGGAAAUCAAAUGGAUCAAUUGAAUCGACCAACAGAUAUGAUUGUUGAUGAACAAAGUCAUUCCAUCAUCAUUGCUGAUCUUGGGAAUAGACGUGUGAUUCGAUGGAUAAAUCAAAGUCAACAAAUUCUCAUUGUCAAUAUUGGCUGUUAUGGCUUAGCAAUGGAUAAAUAUGGAUUUCUUUAUGUUUCUGAUCGUUUGAAUGCUGAAGUGAGACGAUGGAAAAUGGGAGAAUAUAACAAUGAAGGAAUUAUAGUGGCAGGUGGAAAUGGGCACGGAAAUCAGCUUAACCAACUCAAUGAUCCUCGUCUUAUCUUUGUUGAUGAAGAUCAGUCUGUUUAUGUAUCAGACUGGAACAAUCAUCGUGUGAUAAAAUGGAGAAAAGAUGCAAAAGAAGGAAUAAUUGUGGCUGGAGGAAAUGGUCCAGGAGUAAAUCUCAAUCAAUUGUGUAAUCCUCAAGCAGUAAUUGUUGAUGAUUUGGGUCAAAUCUAUGUGGCAGAUAGUUAUAAUCAUCGAGUAAUGCGUUGGUGUGAAGGAAAAGAAGAAGGUGAAAUUGUUGUUGGUGGAAAUGGUCAAGGAAAUCAACCAAAUCAAUUCAAUCACCCCUUUGGUUUAUCUUUUGAUGAUGAAGGAAAUCUUUAUGUUGUUGAUCAUUGGAAUCAUCGAAUUCAAAAAUUUGAAAUAGUUUUGUGA